UUCGAUCCAACGAAAAGAUAGCUAUCGACGGAUGCAAGAACUUCCCCAUGAUGUAUCUUAUGGUCAACCUUCUAACUUAUCGGCAAUUUCCGACUCAAAAAAGCUGUCGGGGUGGACUGGAAAAUUUUUGGAGCUUGGAAAACUUAAAAAACAAAAACAUUUAAUUGGUGAGGAUUCACUUGACAGAUUGAAAGGCUCAAUUACAGAAUUAAGCAGACAAAUGAGGGAAUCCGCAUUGACACGACCUCGACUUGUUUUAAUUUUUAUAUUUUUAAUUAUUCUUCUGUUGUUUUUUUGGUUCAUUUUCUCGGCGCUUUUUCUUCCAAAAUCCACCUUCUCCUUUUGGUUAUAUCCUCCUAUUUGUGAGGAGUGUCAACGCCGAACAGGCUCAAGCAACAGAUCACCCAGCAGACUUUAUGUUCAUCUACACAGUCCUGCACAAUUACAUUUUGAAUUAGUUGGAAGUCCUCCAUUUAAGUCGAAUAGCUUUACUGCUGUUGAUUUUGACACGGGAUAUGUGGCCGUGGCUGACCAUUCCCUUACUGACGGUGCUGGAAGGCAUAUAAUUUGUUUUAUAAUGCAACUAGAUACAAGUUCAUUACCUAGUAUGAGUUCAGUGAAUAAUGCGUUGAAAAAAACCUUUCAAGAGGUAUGUUUAAAACAAAAACUAUAUGAAAAGGAUAUGUUUUGAAUUUAGAGGGGAUAUAGUUUUUUUAUUUUAGUUAGUCUUGGCUAUUUUGUAAUAUUUAUAAUAAUCUUUCCAGGUAUAUGCUCAAUUUGGAUGGCAGGAAUACUGGUAACAAUUUUUUAUUAUUUUAAAAUACUUUUUAUAAAGGCAAUUCACAGUCGAACAGGUCGA